CUGGGGGUAGGCUCGCUCCUCGCUCGCUCCUCGCUCGCUCCUCUGGCUGGGAACUCCUGCUCCCGUCGCUCCCCCGCUCCCCCUGCCGCCGCCGCCGCCGCCGCCGCCGCCUGCCAGCCCCUGAUGUGAUGGCGCAGAAACCCCGUUGACAAGGCACUGCUUUUUCAUGACGUUGUCAUGGAUGAUGAUGAUGACUCGUGUCUCCUUGAUCUUAUUGGAGACCCACAAGCAUUGAACUAUUUUCUACAUGGACCUAGUAGCAAAUCUAGCGCUGACGACUUGACUAAUGCAGGGUAUUCUGCAGCCAACUCAAAUUCAAUUUUCGCCAACUCUAGUAAUGCUGACUCUAAGUCAUCCCUCAAAGGUGUGAGCAGCCAGCUUGGAGAAGGAUCUAGUGAUGGACUUCCACUUUCAAGUAGCCUUCAGUUUCUUGAAGAUGAGCUUGAGUCUUCUCCUCUUCCUGACCUCAGUGAGGACCAACCUUUUGACAUUCUCCAGAAGUCCUUGCAGGAGGCCAAUAUCACUGAACAGACUUUGGCAGAGGAGGCUUAUUUGGACGCCAGUAUAAGUUCUAGCCAACAGUUUGCACAAGCUCCAAUUCAUCCUUCUUCAUCAGCAUCCUUUACUCAGGCUUCUAAUGUUUCUAAUUACUCAGGUCAGACGCUGCAGCCUAUAGGAGUGACUCAUGUGCCUGUUGGAGCAUCGUUUGCAAGCAAUACAGUGGGUGUGCAGCAUGGCUUCAUGCAGCACGUGGGGAUCAGCGUGCCCAGCCAGCAUUUGUCUAAUAGCAGUCAGAUUAGUAGUUCUGGCCAAAUACAGCUCAUUGGUUCAUUUAGCAAUCAGCCUUCCAUGAUGACCAUUAAUAACUUAGAUGGAUCUCAGAUCAUAUUGAAAGGCAGCGGGCAACAAGCAUCCACAAAUAUGAGUAGUGGACUCCUGGUUCAUAGACAGACUCCUAAUGGCAACUCAUUGUUCGGGAACUCCAGUUCAAGUCCAGUAGCACAGCCUGUAACUGUUCCAUUUAACAGCACAAAUUUUCAGACAUCUUUACCUGUGCAUAACAUUAUCAUACAGAGGGGCCUUGCACCAAAUUCAAAUAAAGUCCCAAUUAAUAUCCAACCAAAGCCUAUUCAAAUGGGUCAGCAAAACACAUACAAUGUGAACAAUUUAGGAAUUCAACAGCACCAUGUGCAACAAGGGAUUCCUUUUGCCCCUGCAAGCUCACCCCAGGGCUCAGUAGUGGGGCCACAUAUGUCUGUGAACAUUGUGAAUCAACAGAACACAAGAAAAUCAGUUGCUUCACAAGCGGUGAACAGCACAGGGGGUAGUAUUGUCAUCCACUCGCCCAUGGCACAGCCUCAUGCACCCCAAAGUCAGUUUCUCAUUCCCACAAGCCUCUCUGUCAAUUCAAACUCAGUACACCAUGUCCAGACCAUCAAUGGGCAACUUCUUCAGACUCAGCCUUCCCAGCUGGUGUCUGGGCAAGUGGCUUCUGAGCAUGUCAUGUUGAACAGGGGUUCCUCUAAUAUGCUUAGGACCAACCCAUCAUAUUCAGGACAAAUGCUAAACAACCAGAAUACUGCUGUCCAACUCGUGUCUGGGCAGACUUUUACAGCAUCCGGUAACCAAGUGAUAGUCAAUCACACACCUUCUCAGAUUGUUGGUGGACAAAUGCCCUUGCAGCAGGCAUCGCCAACUGUAUUACAUUUAUCACCUGGCCAAAGCAAUGUCUCUCAAGGAAGGUCAGGCUUCCCGGGACAGUCUGCUGUCACAAGCGUCUCUGCCCCUGGUCGCUUCACGGUCGUCAGCUCCUCCAGCACAGCCCUUCCUAACCUUGGGCCCUCAGUCCAGUCUGCAACAUCUGCAACAAACUUUAAUGGAGACCAGCUUCCCCAACCCAACCGGACUCCGGGGCCAGCCAGUGUGUCUCAUCGUCUUCCAGUUUCCUCAUCCAAAUGUACUGGCACCUUCAGUAGCGCCCCAGGAGCAGGGACUCAACCGCAGGUCUCCUUUUGCCAGGCUCAGAAAAAAAGCUUGAACCAGACUUCCCCCGUUUCAACUUCCAAGACCCCAGAUGGCUUGAGACAAACGCAAAUAACUGGUCUCUUGAGUAACCCAUUGCCAGGACAGGAUUCUGGAAGCAAAGUUAUACAACCACCCUUAGGAACGCCACAACCACAACAGGAAAAAGGAGUGGGAUCAUCACCAGGACAGCAAAAUGUACAGGUGGAUAGUCAUCCAGUGGGACAAAAGAGACCUGCUGCAAAACAGCUAACUAAAGGAGCUUUUCUUCUCCAGCAGUUACAGAAAGAUCAAGCCCGUGCUGUGACACCAGAUAAAAGCCAGUUCAGAUCACUAAAUGAUGCGGUCCAGAGACUCCUUUCCUAUCAUGUGUGUCAGGGAUCCCUGCCAACUGAAGAGGAUUUGAAGAAAGUGGACAGUGAAUUUGAAUCAGUUGCCACUCAGCUCCUCAAAAGGACCCAAGCUAUGCUUAACAAAUAUAGAUGUCUGCUUAUAGAAGAUGCCAUGCGGAUAAAUCCUUCUGCUGAGAUGGUGAUGAUUGACAGGAUGUUUAAUCAAGAAGAAAGAGCUUCUCUGUCUCGAGAUAAACGCCUGGCCCUUGUAGAUCCUGAUGGUUAUCAGGCCGAUUUCUGUUGUUCCUCCAAACAACUAGAUAAAGCCACAGAAGAGACACGGUUUGGCAGGAGUGACCAGCACGGCAGCAAAGCAUCGAGCUCUCUGAACCUGACAGUGGCCACCAAGGUCCAAAGCAGAGACCGAGCCAAACUCAGCGUGGCAGAACCAGCAAAUCAUGACCAGCCUCAUACAGUGCCUAACCACAUUACGGUCUCCCCAGGAGGAAAUAUGUCAAAAAAAACAGAAUGCCUUGGCAAAGCUCUCCAAUUUGACGAGGCGGGUACAGUCCAGUUUGGGGGCACAGCUGAAGAGAAGGUGGUCAGGAGAGACUCUGCCAGGGGGAGUGAAUGCUCUCCAGGCUCUGAGGGUCACCUGAAAACCUCAUCCAGACUAGACCACGGUAUGGACUGCCAGCGAUCAAGUAAUCCUGUUGAACCUCACUUGGAGGGGACAUGUAACAAUUCCCUUCAAGACAAAACUCUGAGGAAUUCUCCAAAGAAUGAGGUUCUACACACAGACAUCAUGAAAGGGUCGGGCGAGCCCCAACCAGAUCUCCAACUCAGUAAGAGUUUAGAAACGACAUUCAAAAACAUCUUGGAACUCAAAAAAACUGGGAGGCACCUCCAAGCUGACAUGGCUGGCAGUGGUUCCAUCGAGUUAGAUUUCCCCAACUUUUCCCCAAUGGCAUCACCAGAAAACUGCCUGGAAAGGUUCAUGCCGGACCCCAAUGAAGGUGGUGUAGAAACUGACUCCAUUUUAGAAGCAGCUGUAAAUAGUAUCCUUGAGUGUUAAUAGAAGCAGUCCCCUGGGCCAGGUAACAUUCUCUUCUAGCAAGAACGAAUGGAAAGCAUCCCCGAACUCCAGCCAGCCUGAUCUUUCAUCACAGGUCACCCUUUUCAACUCAAUCCUGUUCUGUGUUUGAGAGCAAUACUCGUUGUGGUUAUAGGGAGAUACCUAGGAAAGCUCAUCCUUGUCAGAAAGCAGUCUCACAGGCCCGACACAGCUCAAGUGUUAGGAUAGUGCUUAUGGUCAUUUUUGUUUUGUUUUGUUUUGUUUAAAAAAAAAAGAACAAACACUGUAACUCGGUAAGAUCACAGUCCACUAGGCCCGAAGGAAAAUGCUGACAAUCACACAUCAUAUGAAAAAAUACUUUAUUUAAAAAAAACCACCAAGACCAAUAGAAGCUGCUUAUGUUUUUAGUCCCAUCCUCAUCCCUGUUUGAGAGCUUUGUUUUUGGCGGGAGGGAAAGAGCAACCCCAUGACCCCACUCCUGGAGACCCUCUUGAAACAGCAGCAGAUCUCUGGCUGAGAAUCCCUGAGCUUUGGUUUGGGAAGCCUGCGCUGGAGCAGCAGGGCAUUGCAGGGCUCCCUCUGUCAUCAUCCGAGUGCUUAUCUAAGGGCGCCUGGAACAAAACUUCCUGUUUUAUGGUAUGUCUGUAUCUGGUGAAUUUCAUCUAAGUGAUGCUCUGUCCUCAGUCACAAGAGCAUGACUUGAAUUAAUGAUGUGAGGUUAGUCUCUUAAGUGGCAAAGUGUACAGGGGAGGGAGGCCAUGAUAGAGUCAUGAUUAUUAUAUAUGUGUAUAUAUUUAAAUGCAUAUAUAUGUUAACUAUUGAGAAAACAAGUUUUGCAUUUUAUAAUUGGAUCUAGUCAACCUAAAUCUUUAUGAUGUGGUAUGUUUGGGUUUGUUUGGGUUUCUUUGCUUUUGUUUUUUAAAACCAGCCCCAUCCUUAGCCCCAGCCAAGUGUCAAAAUGCACUUUCAUUGGAAAACAGUGUUAUGAUUUUUUAAUUUAUACUUUUAAGGGGACUUUAGCCUUGUUAUGAUUGUUGCUGUCAGAAAUAUUAGUUGCCCCAAGUAGCAAUUACAGUUACCAAAAUAUAUACAGACCAAAGUGAACCAGCUCAAUCCACUGUUGAAAGGAAAGAUCUGAAAAAUAGGUAGUUCCCAGUUUAGAGCCAAAGGAUGCCCUUUGAUGGUUUGUACUUGGCCAGUGUUCAUGUUGAUGAUGAUAGACUCAUCGCUUUAUUUAUUUAUUUUUUUCUUCCAGCUCAUUCUUUUCUCACUUCCCUUCCCAAGAGCAUGCCUCUUGUUACUUUUGUCCUUAAUGCUGUUGUAUCCAUCAGUCUUUCAACUGUUGCUGAAACAGCUAUUUGAAAAAAUAUUCAUAUAUAUAUAUAUAUAUAUAUAUAUAUAUAUAUAUAUAUAUAUAUAUAACAUACACACAUACAUGCAUAUAUGUAUAUAUGCUUGUUCAAAACCAGAGACUUUUUAUGAUGACAGCAGUGCGCUCUCCCUCUUCUAUCUUGGUCUCUCCUCUUUUCUUUCCUCCUUAUUGCCCCUUGUUUUCUCUCUUUUCAUGUGCGUCCUCUAGCCUUCACUUUAUCAUUUGUUGCCAAGAUCCCAGACCUGCUUCUGAUUCUUACUGAGCCAGAGGCAGCCCGUUAUUCUCAUGCUGAGUAUUUAUUAUUCAGAAUGGCCUGAAAGAGAAAGUAAGGCCUGUGACCAUUUUAAAAGUGCAGCAACCUCUACUUAAUGGGGAAGGGAGUAACUGCUUCUUUUCUCUUCUCUUCCCUUCUCCCCAUCUCUAUUUUAACUAACCUGUGAUAGAGGUAGUCCUCAUAGACUCAACAAUGGGCCAUUCCCCACCCUACCCCCAACCUUUACCCCUGGCUAUAUAACUAGAAAUGGGAAGAUCUAGGCCAUUUAGGGAUUGCCAUUUUUACUAUUUUGUGCCAAUAUCCAGGAUGUGAAUUGUCACAGCUCAACAUUCCCCAGACCUCACCAAUGUAACAUAUUAGAAAAACUGAGUUGUUAUAUUGCCAGUUUGAAAUUUCUGUUUGGGCACCAUUAUCUUAAGACCCUUGUCUCACCUCACCCCCCUCCAAGCUUCCAACUUCUCCAACUCCUCUUAGGAAUCAGGCUACCUUAAUUUCCAGCAGGACUUUUAAUAAUGAGCUGGAGCACCAGACUCCACUCUUUACUGUGGGGCUACAUAUGUAGAAGCCAGUAGGCAGGCUGGCCAAAAGUUACAUUAGUUCCUGUGAAUCAGUAGCACUCUUAGGAGAGAAGUGGACUCCAUGCCCAUGAACCAUCUUUCUUUCCUAUCACAGCACCCAUGCCACCCUGACCCCAGCUGCUCCAUAGUUUAUCUUUUAUAGGGUUUAAGAGCCCAGAUAUUUGUCUAACAGAUGGAGAGCUUAAUUUACCAAAAUGAAACUUGUAAAUUUUUGUGUCCUAUAUGUAAGUUUACUUUUUAUGGACAAAGGAUUCUUGAUAAUGAUGAAGAUUACGAAGUGUAUUUUACUCUUGGAUUAGGUUACACACAGACACACAUACACACUAUACACAGCACACAUACUCACACACACACAUACACACACACACACACACACACACACACACACACACACAGAGUCAGCCCUCAUGUGUUGAACACCCUCUGGAACAGGUUAAAUGAAACCAGCCUCGGAUGGCUAAAGUUGAAUUGUUCAGGUUCAUUAAUCUAAGUUUUAGCACUACUUGUAUUCGGUAACAAAAAUCAUUUUCUUUUUGUUGUUGUUGUUGUGGAAAAUGUGAAUUUGUUAUUAAGCAUUUGAUUUUCCGUGUCCCUUAAGUACUGCCUAAAGUUAAAACAAUUUUGAACUGGCAAUUACGAAAAAAAUAUUUUAACUGAAGAAUUUAGUACAAUUUGUUAGAUUAGGGAGGCCUUACAGACUGACUUGACUUCAAGAGGAUGUGUCACUUAUUGUCAGUGUGGUAUGGACUUUAUUUGCUUAAAAUACCUUCAUUUGUAUAGUAUGUCUCACUUGAAAUUGCUUUGUAUACAUUUUGUAAAAAUAUUUAUAAAAUGUUUUGUAAAAAAAAAAGUAUAACAAAUUGCAGUUUAUUUUGUUAUGUUGGAUAAAUACUGUUAAAAGAAACCAGUCAGUAACUAUAUUGUUAAUCCAUGGUUAGGAAAUGUUUAGUUGGAGAUUACAGAAAUGAACCAACCAUUGCAAUACAGCCAAAGAUUUGGGAAAA